AUGAAACGCUGCGGCCAGGGUCAUCAUCCUGGAGGCAUUGAAGAAACAGAGGCAGGCGCUUGCGCCGUCUUAUGCCCUGCCUGUCCCCAUCCGAGCAAAAACUUACCUGUUGGGUGGGAAAAUACACCACCGGAAUUCCACUACAGAUUUUUGGUAGCCAAUGCGCAGGAGGUAAUGAACCUGGCAGAUACGAGGGCUUCUCAUGGACUUGCAGCGACAGGUGCAGGGACUAUUGACUGUGCGCGGCACAAUUUCAAAUGCCCUUGUUCAGUUGGCGACUUGCAAAAGGGGGAGAGGUACAUUAACAUGGAUUAUCUAUUUUUUUCAAGCAUGCGUUCUUCACGUGAUGUUCAUGUCCUCAACAUAUCUUAUGAUAUCGCCUGUCAGUGGAACAAAAACCUUUGGUCGCGCAUGUCGGCAUUCCCACACAAGUAUCAUAUCAACCACGACGAAAAGGUCAUCACAUUCUUCAUGCCUAAAUUCCACCUGCCAGUGCACAUCACUAGUUGCCAAACAAAGUUUUCAUUCAACUUUAUCAAGGGUGUUGGGUGA